AUGGAAAAAAAGAUCAAGAUGCUUGAUUUAUUGUUCCUGUCCAUAUGCAAUAUGGUGGGCAUAGGGGUUUUUAGCAUGGCACACUAUGUCUUAUCACAAACAGGAACAUGUGCCUCCUCUAUCUUCCUGAUAGUUGCUUCUGCGAUAAUUGCAACUAUGUUUGGACUAUGCUAUGCCGAGCUUGGAUCUACCUAUCCAUAUGCUGGGGGAGAUUUAAAUUACCUCAGUAAGGCAUAUUCAAAACAUCUGGGGACCAUUUAUUCUUUGGUUUCUAUAUUGUUGAUACUACCUCUAUCUUGUGCAAUCAUGUCCAUCAAAAUACACGAAUGCUUUGAAAACGAUAUUGGAAGAGACUACUGUAUUGCUGCGUUGUUAGGCCUGUGCACUAUAUUUUUAUCUUUUGGGGGAAGAUUGGUCACAUGGACGAUGAGAAUACUGUUUUUUCUUAAGGUCGUUACGGUUGCCUCUCUUUUAGUUAUUUCUUCCAUAUCGUUUAUUGUGGUUAAGAGCUCUCCAAAUCCUGCAAUACUUGACGUAAGAAAUAGUACCAUAGAAGUAGAUGCAACCUCUAUAGUUAAGGGCCUGUGCUUCACACAAUUCUCAUUCGAUGGAUGGAACUGUGGGAAUUAUAUUGCAAAUCGAAUACACAAUCCCGGGAAGAGCUUUCCAAAAGCCAUAGUUGGGUCUAUAUGGAUUGUGGCUUUUAUAUACAUACUCAUUAGCCUGUCAAUGAUGUGUGUAGUGCCGUACGAUGACAUUAUUGGAAAUGUUUUUUUUAUUGAUGAAUACUUCAAGGCAGUAGGAAUUCCCAUUACACCCAGGAUGCUAUCAAUAAUAGUCACACUUAUUCCCACGAUUGGGUCUCUUGUGUGCUCACUCAUCGUUGGAACGGGAAUCAUCGAGUCUCUUGUUCCAGUAAAGUUCAGUAAGAAGUUGGAGAUGGUGUCCCUUGCUGCUUUCUCCCUCAUUGUUUUUGCAUUCGCUAAGUUGGAAAGCAUAACUUGGAUGGUGAAUAAGAUAGCAUUUGGGACAUCCUUGUUCUAUUCCUUGUCAUGCAUGGGUCUCGUGUUUCUUAAGCUGAGGCAUCCCUCUCUAGACAGACCCUUUAGCCUUCCUCUUGUGGUUCCCUUAGCUGCAUCAUUAAUAGGUAUUUCUAUCUGCAGUUACAUUAUUUGCUGCAGCUAG